AUGAGCAAAGUCAAAGCCCCGAAAGCAAAAGGCGUUCCGAACAAGCAUCUGCACGCACGUUCAUCUUUUCUCUACCAAGCUGCCACAUACCUGACCUUACAAACGGCCGAGGCCACCGAUACACCACAAAGCAAACAACCAGCCCCCGAGUUGCCAAACCGCCUCUCACUUGCACUCUCACUCAGCUCCGACCUCCAGCAAGUCUCACGAAAAGGCCAACUACGUCUCGCCAUUUCUCUAAAACGGACGCUAUGCAAAAGCUGCAACAGCGUCCUUAUUCCCGGGCGCACUGCAACACACAGGAUUGAGAAUGCAAGUAAAGGCGGCAAGAAACCCUGGGCUGAUGUGCUGGUUGUCACGUGCGGUGUGUGUGCCGGCGAGAAACGGUUUCCAGUCGGUGCGGCUCCGAAGUUGAAGAAGGGGAAGAGAGAAACAGCGAGUGCGGUAGAGACGCCGGUGACUGGGGAAGAUACGCCGGUGCUUAUGGGGACAGAAUGAGUGUGGACUGCUUUUUGCCAGGAUGGAUUUAUUUCACCUCAGCAUGAUUUCGCUGCUUUAACACUGCCUACUGUCAAAGGCCUUACUCUAGACACGGCCAUCGUCCUAUUACUCGACUUGAAUUUUCACCAACUACUUAGGCCAACGGUCGCUUCCACCGCCGUACAACGUUGUCCUUGUACAACACCAUUAUUAUACAUAGAAAUGGUGUCGCCUGCAUACACACUUCAAAAUCAUCUGGCCAAGGCCAUAUCACGACCCAAAUUUCUAGCGUAUAAUUUGGACAAGACGGUGGGU